CGCCGGGUCCCGCGGUCCGUGGGACGGCGAUGGUGCGCCGCCUGUGCGCGCUGCUGUGGGCGCCGCUGUGGGCUCUGGCGGCGGCGUCGGGGGCUCCUCCGGGCCCGGUGGUGCGCUGCGAGCCGUGCGACUCCCGGGCGCGGGCGCAGUGCCAGGCGCCGACGGCCCCGUGCGCCGAGUUGGUGCCCGAGCCGGGCUGCGGCUGCUGCCAGACGUGCGCGCUGCCCGAGGGCCGCCCGUGCGGCGUCUACACGGAGCUGUGCGGCGCCGGGCUGCGCUGCCGGCCGCGCCGGGGCGAGCAGAAGCCGCUCCACGCGCUGCUCGACGGCAAGGGGCUCUGCACCAACGUCAGCGGCGCCCCCCAGGAGCCCGCGCCCGGAGCAGGCGGCGGCGAAGUGCGAGCCUUGCUGCUGCGAGGGACCCGCGGGCCAGGGAAUGCCAGCAAUUCGGAAGAAGACCAGAACAUCAGCAGCACAGAGAAUCAGUCUGUCUCCAACACACAGAGACUGUUGGAACCCAAGUCACAUGCUCACCACACCAAAAUAGAUGUCAUUAGGAAAGAGCACGCCAAAAAUACCCAACGCUACAAAUACGAUUCACAAAGCACAGACACACUGAAUUUCUCUUCUGAGUCCAAGCAGGAGACUGAAUAUGGUCCUUGUCGCAGAGAAAUGGAAGACACAUUAAACAACCUAAAGAUUCUGAAUGUCUUAAGCCCGAGAGGAUUGCAUAUUCCGAAUUGUGACAAGAAGGGAUUCUACAAGAAAAAACAGUGUCGUCCAUCCAGAGGCCGAAAAAGAGGAUACUGCUGGUGUGUGGAUAAAUAUGGGCAGCGACUCCCUGGAUAUGAUGGGAAGGGGAAGGGAGAUGUCCAUUGCUACAAUCUAGAAAGCAAAUGAGGGAUAUCCACCACCUUCUGUGGAAUCUGCGUGUGGCAUUUUAACUAUCAGAAGCCUUGGAAUGACUGGGCUGCAGCAUAGACUGCGCUAGACUUGGGAGCUCAGAGUUUUGUCCCUUCUUAUACUGCAGGGAGUCGGUCUCUGUGGUCUCUGCAGCUGCAACCUGCCACUGACACACUUCUGGCUUUUCAUCUUGCCACACAAGGAGUUCUGAAAUCCCAACUAAAUCUGCACUAUGGAUACCCAGAAAAAAUUUAAAGGGCUAAAAGGCACUUCAGAAUGGAUUCAGGGAGUCUCCACUGACUUUGUGUUUUUUGUGUUUUUUUUAAUUAACAGCCUGUGACCAAUUUGAUCCCGAAAGAUAACUCUCCUUCUGUGUUGAAGAAUUUAUAGACUGUAAGCUUUGUAAAGAUAUUAAACAUACUGGAUAAGACCCAAUCCAAGCUAAGCACUUUUUAAGUUGCCUGGAUUUCAGUUGGGGAGUUAGGCAUGAGCUCAUUUUUAUUCCAGUGAAAUUACUUAUAAGUAAUAUAGUGUGGAGUGGAUCACACCCAAGGUUUCAAAGUAAAAGCAUUUUUAUUUUGUCUUUAUACAGGUCUGAUGAGAAACUUUUAUCUUCACGGGUAAAAUAUUUUAUUAAAAAGAAAGCUCAAAGAACUUUUUUUUAAAGAAACAUGUUUCUACUUGGCUAUUUUUUCUGUAUAUUUUCUGUAAAAUAUACUGUAUUAUGAAU